AGGACCAGCUCCUGGGCAAGCUCAUCAGCAUGGAGCAGAAGAGCCUGGAGGACACCCUGGCGGCGCUGGAGGAGGACGUCACCGCUAACACCAAGUCCCUGCAGCAGCUGGACAAGCAGCUGCUCGACCGCCUCUCCAACUCCCAGGGGAACCUCCUCGAGGACACCGAGCUGAUCGAGGUGCUUGCCAACACGAAGGCCAAGGCGAAGGAAGUGGAGGGGAAGCUGGCCGAAGCCGACGAGCGCAAGAUCGAGAUCAACGAGAAGCGUGAGCAGUUCCGACCUGUCGCAACGAGGGGCAGCAUCAUGUAUUUCAACAUGGUAGACAUGACCAACGUGCAGAACCCGAUCACCUUGCAGCAGUCCGGCUGGAUGUACAACUGCUCGCUCAUGCAGUUCCUCGAGCAGUUUGAGAACUCGGUGAGGCUCUCCGAGAAGGCCCAGCCCACCUCGAAGCGCGUCGACAAGAUCAUCCACUACUUGACCUAUCAGGUGUACCGCUACAUGAACCGGGGCCUCUUCGAGCGCGACAAGCUGAUGUUCAAGCUCAUCGUCACGAUGAAGAUCAUGGUCGUGGCGGGCCAGCUAACGAGCGCCGACGUGUCGGUGUUCCUCAAGGCCGGUUCCGCCCUGGACAUCAAGGCCGAGAAGCCCAACCCCUUCAAGUGGAUGUCGGACAAGGUGUGGUUGAACGUCUUGCAGUUGACGCGACACUCGUUUGGGCACGACGGUCAGGUCUUCUACCGCGACCUCGCGGACAGCGUCCAGCGCAGCGAGGCCAGCUGGCGGAAGUGGUUCGACGAGAACGAGCCCGAGAGCGUCCCGGUGCCCGACUUCGAGGACCGCCUCGUGGUGGAGCGCACCCUGGGCCCGUUCCUGCGCCUCGUCGUCGUGCGGAGCAUGCGGGAGGACCGAACUGGCAUCUCGUGCACUCAGUUCAUUGAGAAGUCGCUAGAUUCACGGUUCACGGCGCCAGUAACGGAUGCGAUUGUUGACAUUCAUGCGGAAUCGAGUCCGCGGAAGCCUGUGGUUUACCUCUUGACCGCCGGCAGUGACCCCACGCUUAUGAUAGACGAGUUGGCGAAGAAAAAAAAGAAAUACCCGACCGACAAGGUCUCAAUGGGCGAAGGCCAGGAGAAGGUAGCUCGCGACAAGAACAACAACGCCUUCAUCUCCGGCGGGUGGGUAAUAUUGCAGAAUUCCCAUCUGGGCAUUGGCUAUAUGUGUGAGCUGGAGGAUGUGCUCACUAAAACGCCAGACAUUGAUGACGACUUCCGCUUGUGGAUCACGUGCGAGAUCACGUCCAGGUUUCCCAUUGGCCUGUUGCAGAUUGCGAUCAAGGUGACGCUGGAGCCUCCAUCUGGCUUGAAGGCUGGGCUUUACCGCACAUACACCACGGUCGUCACUCAGGACCUGGUUGACAAGAUCGACCACGAUAAGUGGCGAACCUUGGUUUUCGUGCAGGCGUUCAUGCACAGCAUCGUCCAGGAGCGGCGGAAGUUUGGCCCCAUCGGCUGGUGCGUGCCAUACGAAUUCAACAACUCAGAUCUGGACGCCUGCUUGCUGUUCUUGGAGAAGCACAUGUCCACGUCCGUCAUGGUCGGACAGCCGCUCUCGUGGAACACGAUACAGUACAUGGUUGCCGAGGCGCAGUACGGUGGGCGCAUCACGGAUGAUUUGGACAGGGAGCUGUUUGUGACGUAUGCCGCGAAGUGGCUCUGCGAUGACGUUUUCAAGAACACAUUCUGCUUCAAUAACUACGCGGCCGAAUACAAUUACAAAAUCCCCGAGGGCCUUGAGAUCCAGCAGUACCGCGAGGCCAUCGACACGGUGCCGCCGGUCGACUCGCCGCUCAUCUUCGGGCUCCACCCAAAUGCCGACCUCACAUAUCGGCUGAAGGAGGCCACCGAGAUGAUGGUCACCAUCAUCGAGACGAUGCCGAAGGACAGCGGCGGAGCCGGAGGGAAGUCCAUGGACGAGCAGGUGAAGGACCAGGCCCUCGACCUCUUGGAGAAGAUGCCUCCGGACUUCGUCGAGGAGAUCUUCCGCGCCCAGAUCCAGAAGCUCAGGGGUCCCCCUGGCGCGAGCGAUAAGGGUUUCGCCGCCCCGCUCAACAUAUUCCUGUUCCAGGAGUUGCAGCGACUUCAGAACAUUAUCAAGAUUGUCCGGACGAACCUCAAGAACGUGACUAUGGCAAUUGAUGGCACGGUGGUCAUGACCACCGAGUUGUUGCAGGACUUGAGCUACAUAUUUGAUGCUCGUGUUCCGACCAGCUGGACAAAUGAUGCAAGUGGCGCAGAGAUAUCUUGGUUGAUGCCGAACUUGGGUGGCUGGUUCACAGGGCUCGUGGAGCGGCACGCCAUGUUGUUCAAGUGGUUGGAAGAAGGGCGCGCUGUCAUGAAGUCGUAUUGGCUCACGGGCUUCACCAACGCCCAGGGUUUCCUCACCGGCAUGCGACAGGAAGUCACUAGGCAACACAAGAAGGACCAGUGGGCCCUGGACGAUGUGAUCUCCCACACCGAGAUUCUGACCUUCGACGCCGAACGGAUAAAAGAAGUCCCGGAGGAGGGGCAGAACAUCCACGGCCUCUUCAUAGAGGGCGGGCGUUGGAACAGGCAGGAGUCCAGGCUCGACGAGUCGGAGCCCAAGAAGCUCUUCACGGCGAUGCCGGCGAUCUACGUCACCGCCACCACGGCGAAGGACCUGAAGGCGAAGGACUUGAAUCAUGGCCCGUCUGGGCCUUACAAUUGCGCGGUCUACAAGUACCCCAAGAGGAACGACCGCUACCUCAUCUUCAGGCUCCUCCUGCGAACCGAGCAGCACCCGUUCCACUGGAAGCUGCGGGGGGUCUGCCUGGUGGCCCAGACCGAGUAGGCGCGAUUUAGGCAGGCAGGUGCACCUUGAAGGGGCCCUGGGACACACAAAUAAAUACACACAAAUAAAAG